AGGAACCCUGUUGGUAUUGUGGUACGGUUUGCAAGGGGGAUGUGUUUAUUGUGGGUCAAGCAUUCUGUAUGACAACUGCGUGACUGGAACAUAAAACGGGAUAUUCACAAUACCCAGUCUAGUCGGGCGUGGGUGUAGUGACGCAUAAGUACGGCAGAUUAUUCAUGAGCUCCUCGGUACUGACGCCGUGUGCAACAACUCCCUAGACUUGUCGCGUAGAACCGCUCCUGCUGCUCACUGUAUAGCACGCUGAAAUUAAAAAUGGCCCCAAUCCCCAAAGUGGAUUUUCGUGUCGUGUGCAUAAUUUACUUGUUAGUGUUUGGGAUUUCCAGCCGGCUCCACGUGCUCGCAGCCGGCGAGAUCGCCACCGAAGAAACCCAUCACAACCAUGGUCACUCGGAUUCGAUCUUCGGGGACCCCUUUGAGGAGAUUUUCGGCCAAUUGAGAGAAAUCUCCUUUGGUGCUGACAGGAACAUCACGCGCGAUGAGACUGCUACGGUUAUUCAUUUAUUGUUUGAGGACCAGCUGCAUUGCAGUGACAACUUCAACGUCUCAAAUUGUCACAAGUGUCUUGAGACCGACAGCUUAUUCUCCAUUCUUGGCAUUCAACCCAGCCAUGGCCUGGACGAAGAGAACUUCAACCGGGCAUGCGUCGUGCUCAUGUAUUACGUAGCCGACCUGAAUUCCACAUGCGCAGCCGCAGCCAAUUUGUCAGUCCUGACGUACGAAGACUUUGCCCAGAAUAUUCUAAAAAGAUUAGACAGCACGCAGAAUCUGUCGGAAGAAGAGCUGGAGGACGUUUUGGAUGCAGUGGCCAAGACCUACAAAGCUAACAACUUCGCCAAGUGUUUCACCGCAGAAACUGUCUUCGAGGCGGCCGUAGCCAACCAUCAAUUGGGAGCAGACGACCACGAGCUGGAAAAUGUGGCGGCCAUUUUGAUAUCCAGUCUUGUCCGUGGGUUUUGCAUUGGUAACGCCACCGAGUUAGAUCCAGAGGCGUUCCUGGAGGAUAUAUUUGAUACUUAUGCUACAGACGGUUACCUGAGUGAAGAAAAAUUUCAGGAAAUUGUAGACAAGCUCUCUGCUGGGAGCGGAGGAGAGAGCGUAUCUCCGGAUCCACACGACCACGCACACAGACGCAGGAGAUCAGUCCUCCAACUGUCAGCUGAAAGACGACGCGACAGACGGAAUGCAGCAACCGUCACCCACGAAGGCCACGAUCAUGACCAUGACCACGCCCACGAAGGGGAAGUCAGCUUAGACGUCCACUCUUGCUUCUCCGUUGAUGGUCUUUUUGACAUCUUUGGUGUCAAUCACAGCGUGGGCGUGACACGCCAGCAGUUCAAGGAGCUAAGCCCCGCCCUCAUUCAGCAGACGCUCCGUGGCCCAUGCGUCAACAAUGAAACCACUGUGCCGGAAGGCCCUAGUGCCGCAGAAGUUUGGGGCUAUGGCGUACUGGCCGUGUUCAUCAUCAGCCUUUGCGCCAUAGCCGGUGUGGCUUUCCUUCCGUGCCUUAGUACGGACGUCUAUCUGAAAGUCUUGCAAACUAUGAUGGCUUUGGCUGUGUCUACCUUGGUAGGCGACGCCGUAGUGCAUCUCAUUCCACAGGCUGUAGGACUUCACGCACACGAUGCGACAGCAGCCGGCGUCACGCAUGAUCCGACCUCAGAGGACCUUGCCUACAUUUGGAAGUGUCUGGUGGUUGUCGUUGCUAUCUACGUCUUCUUCGUUUUCGAGUCUCUCAUGCAAAUGUUUGGUGGAGGACACUCAAAUUCCGUGAAGCCCGUAGAUGAUGAACCUGGGGAGAGAAAGCGAACCUCUAGUAUGAGACUGAAGGAGGAAAUCGAUAGCUCCCCCAAGCAUCGAUCAACAUCCAAUGCACAAUUCGGCGACGUUCUGAACGAAGAUGCCACGGACGAGCGUGGUCAUAGUCCCCAUCAUUCGAAAGUCUGCCACGGAAUUGGUUCCCUACCGCUUAUGAUUCUCAUCGGGGAUGGUCUACAUAACCUGGGUGACGGUCUGGCGAUAGGUGCCGCUUUUGCCACGAGCAUUGGUACGGGACUGUCAACCAGCAUUGCCGUCUUUUGCCACGAGUUGCCCCACGAACUUGGUGACUUUGCCGUCCUUCUGAGUGCCGGUCUGAGUUUCCGUAAAGCAUUGGUCUUCAACUUCCUGUCUGCUCUGAUGGCCUUUAUCGGACUCUGUAUUGGCAUUCCAUUGGCUGCCAAUGCAGAGGCUCGAGAGUGGAUCUUUGCGUUGGCAGCUGGGAUGUUCCUGUAUGUUGCCUUGGUGGACAUGUUUCCAGAACUGAUACAUCACAAUAACAAGAACAAAGGCACCAUUUUCCUACUGCACAAUUUGGGGCUCUUCAUUGGUGCCACUAUUAUCCUUGUCAUCGCCCUUUAUGAAGAUAGCAUCAACAUCAGCAUUUGAAGAGGCAAGAGAUUCACUGGUAUCUGGCUUCAGUCACCUAAUCUUGUAGAGACAGUAGUGAUUGUUAAUUAUCACUAACUUCAAGAUACUCAUGGAAUUCAAGCAAGUUUAAAGUAGGCCUAAUCAGAUUCAGAAUAAAGUGAUUCAUUUAAACACAAUCACCUUUGAAAAAUGAUUUCAUCUGUCUCCUGCUCUUUUUUUGGGACAAUAAAUCUCCAAGCCAUUUUGAUCACGUUAAAACCCAAUAAACUUCAAAGUUGGUAAAAAAUCAAUUCUGAUUCUGAGGUGUACCAGCCCUGCAAAGUGACGUCAUGAUGAUGCCGUCAGGUGUCAAAUUAUAGGUAGACUAAGUGGUUAAACUGAAGUCUUUUAAUCUUUCAAAUUUCACAUAAAAUCAAUCAUUAUAAACCUCAGCUUGGUUUUUGUAGCAAGCUGUAGAGUUAAGUCAGGUUUUCGUUUUGCUGCGUGUAUGAAAGAUUCCGGUAAGAUUGGGGACCAGCAAUAUGAUGAAAUACUCGAGCACCCUCUAUUGGUAGGUUGAAUAAUGUCCGAAAUAUACUUUUUCAGAUAAUGUGCUUGAUGAAAUUUGUUGUAAUCGCUUGAAAAGUAGACGCCUUUCAUGCAAAUAAAACAUCUGAGGACUGGAGCGGAUGACGCCAUCAGACUGUAAGUCACAAGAAAAAUGACUUAUGUAAGAUUUGAAACUUUGCGUGGUGAAAAUAUUACACGUGGUAAGGAUUUGCGGGUAUACCAAGGGAUCUAUCUCAAGAAGAGGUUGGUUCCUGAAAAGAACUGGUGAGCGUUAACUCGAUGUUUCGACCAGAGUGGAAGUGUUCUUGGACGUUAUCAUUGGGCGCCAGAAGCGGCCAGAUGCCGCCGAGCUUGAAAAUAUCUUGAGGGACGGUGUUGUGCCAGAAAAUUUCGAUGGUUUUCUGGAUUCUUCUGGGAAGCCAGUUCCUGAUGGAGGCGAUGUGUUCUGUGUUGUCCCAGUAGAUGUGACGGUUCGAACACUGUGCAUGUUUGACGAUGUGCGACUUCUCGUAAUAUCUGCGUCUGUCAUGUGCACGGGGCUUUUGGAUUCUGGUGGGGAGACUCCUGCCGGUUUCACCGAUGUAAACUUGACCGCACUUGCAUGGAAUUCGGUGUACAUCAGGGCGGCUGCUUGGAAUUUGUUUGUCCUUUGGGUGUGGAGUAUGAACUCCAGCAUGUUUGACCCGACUCUCCUAAGGACGGCUAGAGCUUCCUGGUCGAAACGUCAGGUUAACACUCGCCUUUUCUGCGCUGACCAUGACACUGUCAUAAUCAAAUAACAAGAAUUUAAACAUUGAAAUUUUUAAUCUUUGCCAAUCAGUUAAUAAACGAUCAACUUUGAAAGACCUUUCGUUGUGUAUUACGAAAUUAGGCUAAACAACUCUUGGUCGUUUCUUCUGUUUUAAGUGUAACUUUGACCCUCGUCAUUUAGUUUUGAAUAAUGUGAAAUAGGCAGAAGUUGGGAACUAUCUUUCAAGCGAUCUGAGACUUCGGAAAGAAAGUGCAGUUUUCAAAUUUCUGCAAAGGUUCAGAGAUAAGUCUUGAUGAAUAACAAUGUGUGCAACUUUGCUGAAUUACACACAUUCAUGUUAACUGUCUAUGAUUCGUAGAGCCAAUCUUAUUUUCACUGUUUGCUUUAUUGUUUACAAAAUUUUCCUUCAGAAUUUGAAGUUUAGAUGUGUUCGUUAGUUUAAGCACACACAUAUAGUUAGCCCUUCGUCUGUUUUUCAGUAGUUCUGUUUGAUUCUUCUAUAAUUUGCUUUCAGUUGUAAGCAAAACAGUCAGGAAUGGACCCAGAACCAAAUGGUCGGAAUGCUAAAAUUAUUCAGGUGGGGAGAUUUCGAUGUUUGUCAUAUAACUUUCUACGACUGUUCUUCGGGGUGAGUCUAAAUUUUGGAGCUUUCUUCUUAAAAUCGUUUUCGAUUACAUGUAUCCACCUUCAGAAUUUUUUUAGUUUCUCAAAUGUUGUCCAUAGAGUUUUCAUGUUUAGUUGUUAAAAUUUUAUACAUUUUUCUAUUCUUAACUCCUCAAUUCUGAUUCAUUGUAGAUUUGUGUUAGAAUAGCCUAGUGCUCCAAAGGCGAAAAUGUCGAUGUGAAAUGAACACAACCGUAUUAAUAAAGAAAUUAUCCCAAGUGCUAA